UGGGUCCCCUGAUAAAGGAAGCUGGUCUCUAUUUUUAGGGUUGGAGUUGUGUCUAUAUCGGGCCUAGCAACUGCUCUGCUGGCCUUUCAACAUGGUUUGAAUGGGAGCCAAGGUCACAGGACAGGAGGGCGUUUUAUUCUGGGUUCAGCUUCUUGAAUCAGCCAGCCGGCAUGGAUCCGUCCCUGUGUGCGGCAAUUCAGGCCAGUCUUGAGUGUGAUGCAGUCCUGGAAGUAGAGGGAAAGUGCUUCCCAGUCAACCGAUGGGCCCUGGCCUGCCACAACGCUUAUUUUGAGGCCAUGUUCUUUGGUGGCACUCGGGAGUGUGCAGAGCGGCGCAUCCGGAUCCAGGGGGUUGAGGCGGAGCCCUUCCAGGCACUUCUGGACUUUACCCAGACAGGCAGCCUUGGCAUCACCCCUGGCAAUGUCACCAGCCUUCUGCAGACGGCUGACUUCCUGCAGCUGGAGGCUGCCAAGAGACGCUGUGAGACCUUUCUGGAAAGGGAGCUGCAUGUCUCCAACUGCCUCAGCCUCAGGGCCUACGCACAGCACUUUGCCUGCACGGCACUCUGCUCUGCUGCCCUCAAUGUGGCCCUCAGCCACUGGGCUGACGUGGUGACACACGGUGAGGUUGAGGAGCUGCCCAAGGCCACUCUGAUGGAGUUGCUGCAAAGCGAUGAGCUCUUUGUGGCUCGCGAGGACAUGGUCUUUGACACAGUGAUGCAGUGGGUAGUGGCCGACCUGCCUGGGCGGGCCAAGGAUUUCCUGGAGCUGGUGGGCUUGGUGCGGGUCCCCUUCCUCAGCCUUCCCUUCCUUGGCCUCCUGGUGAAGCGCAGCCAGCGCCCUGGGCUGGAUGCUUCGGCUCAGCUACUGAAAGAGCUGGACCGCUUCCCACCCCCCAACUGGCAUGACGCCGCCCAGGCCGCCUGCACGAGCCGGAGCUAUGAGACUCUCUUCGUGAUGGCUGGGAAACGCGACCAAAAGCAGCAGGAGCUCUUCCACUUCUUGCCCAAGACAGGAGCCUGGCAGGCCUGCUCAGCACUCAAGCGCAAAAACCUCACCCAGUAUGCUGUGGCUGCCGUGGGCAACCUGCUCUUCGUCACAGGAGGGAACUUCCGGGAGGAGUUUUUCUGGGCCCCUGUGGACUGGGUGUGGAUCUACAACAGCUGGGAUGACAGCUGGCUGGAGGGGCCAGCCAUGAAGGAGGCUCGUGACAGCCACUGCGCAGUGGGGGUUGGCUUCCACUUGUACGUAAUGGGGGGGAGCACCCUAGAGGGCAUCACCUCCAGCGUCGAGCGCCUCACCCUGGCCGACUCCUCCUGGAAGCCUACCAGUCCCCUGAUCCACCCUGUGGAACGAGCUGGAGCCACCAGUGUGGGGACACGGAUCUAUGUGGUCUGUGGCAUGGAUGAGAACGGGGAUGUCUGCCGGGCAGUUCAGCGUCUGGACAUAGAGACGGAUAUGUGGGAUGUCGUUUCUUUCUCACCACUACCAAGGUAUGACCUCUGUGUGGCAGCCUUGAAUGGGGCCAUCUACACCAUCGGAGGUGGGGCCUUCCGCUUUGACAUCUGCACCGAUGAGUGGACCCCCGUGGAGGACGACAGCCUGGCUCAUAAGUUCUUUGAAGGGUGCAGCUCAGCCAACGGACGCAUCUAUCUGCUGGCAGAGCGGCGGGGGAACACUGCGGUCCCAAACAUGGUGAUUCUGGACCCCUACAAGAACGCUUGCCAGGAAGUGGGCCACCAGCUCCCCUGCCCCCUCCCCAUCCACGGAAUGGCCUCUAUGCGCAGGUUCAACACCUGGGGGUACCAGGCAUAGCCAGGGGUGCUGCCUCCUCCCUUCUGAAGAGACCAGUCUCCACAGAGGGUACAUCUGAGCCCUCUGUUCUGCCGUCAUUGGCCCUGAGACAUGAGGGGGGAUUCCCUUCACAGAUCCAUAAAGUGGGAGCAAUCCUGGAGAUCACCGGGCUGUUCCCUGGUGUCAAUGCAGGAACCCCCAACCAAAGGCCCUUCAGCCCACACGAAGCUGGUCCCUGAAUUCAGCCACCCAAUGCCUCCCACAGGGUAAAAUGCCCAAAGCCCUUAACUGCUGUUCAGGCCCCAUCUUACCUUGCUUGCUCUCCCCUGGAGAGAACCCCCACCCUUUUCCAAUAUCCUCCCUAAAAUGUUGUGCACAGGACUGACCCAUGCUGAAACCAGGGCCUCUUGUGGUCUUGGUUUUGAUGCAGCCAGGGAUAUCAUUUGUACAAUUGUAGGAUUUUCCUGCUUUGAUACUUGGUGGUUGCCAGAGUUUCUAUUGUGCUUUCUUUAAACACAACGUUCAGCUGGAUUUCUUCCCUUAAGUCUUGGUUGGCUUCCGUCACCCCCUGACGGACUUGUGAGCAGGAGGAGGAAUGUGGAGGUCCUGAACUUGUGCUCCAGGGAAUCAGUGAUUUUGAAAAUUCAUUUGUAAUUUUAUUAGUCUUUUUAAAUUUUAGGCUUAUAAAUACAAAAGAACAUUUGUAUUCAGAGUUGAACUUCAGGGUUUUUGGUGCUUUCUGUACUUUUUUUUUGUGUGUGCAAAUGUUUCAAUUAUCCAACAAGAUAGCAUCAUCAGUUUUAGGCUUAUGUUUUUUAAGUCAUUGGUUUGAUUACCUAUUUAUUUGUGUCAUAAAUUUAUGAAUUUAUAAAUCUUUAAUUGUAACAUUUAAGCUGGUUUAUUAUGGUUUAUGUAUACAUUUAUUUUAAAUUUAAAUACUUUCCAUCUGAAAGUUAAGGAUACUGAGUUGGAAUGUAAAUAGUGUGCAAAAUAAGGUGGCUUCCACAGCGACAGGAGAAAUCCCUGAGCCCCAAACUGAACGGGGGUCAUGUGGUGCU